AUGAAAUUAGAUCAAACAUUAUUACGCAGUUUUACGUCUAGGACGGCCACUUUAGAAGAACUAGAAAGCUUAGAAAAGAAAUGUGUCUUAUCAAAAUUUGAUGCAGAUGAUGCUUUCAAUCUAGGUUGCCUCGUAAGAGAUACAAUCAGAAAACAAUAUCCAGGUAAAGCUGUUUCGAUCGAUAUUACUUUACCAAACAAGCAUUGUUUAUUCCGUGCAACAACUGCCAAUGGGACCUCAUUCGAUAAUGAUAUGUGGAUUAAGAGAAAACAAACUACUGUUUUCAGAUUUGCACAUUCCACUUUCUUUAUGGGUUGCAAGAAAGGUGAUAAAACACCCGAAGACAGAUUUUUUGUCGACGCCAAAGAAUAUGCAUUCCAUGGCGGUGCUGUCCCAAUUUUUUGCUCUUCCUUGGGGUAUCCAAUUGCAUGUUUGACAGUCAGCGGACUAAAGCAAGAGGAAGAUCAUUUGAUUGCAACAAUGGCCUUGAUUGAAUACUCUAAUCAAACCGCAGUAGAGAAGUUGGACUUAGAUUAG